GAGUGGACACGGGUCAGAGAUUGACAUAAACGAUAAACGACAUAUUCCAUUUUUAUUGGCAUAAUAAUUAAUUUUUAAAAGAAAAUAUUGAAUUUUUUUCCAUUACCUAAGUCCAUUAUUGAAAAACCAAAUCUCCUUUGUUAAAAUAUUUUUUCAUAACUCUAUUUGCCAUUAUACCAUACCAUUAAUUUCGUCACCUAGCUGUUGCUGUCAAUUUAAAAGUUUAUUAAUUAAAAACAAUUCCAAAUGUCCCGUAAAUAUUGCACCCGAGGGGCCACAUCUCGUUUAAGGCAAGAUUAUUUAAGAUUGAAGAAGGACCCAAUACCUUAUGUCAACGCUGAACCUUUACCAAAUGAUAUUUUAGAAUGGCAUUACGUGGUCUCAGGUCCAGAAGACAGUCCUUACGAAGGAGGUUACUAUCAUGGUAAACUUGUUUUCCCAGCAGACUUUCCUUUUAAACCGCCAUCGAUUUAUAUGAUUACUCCAAAUGGACGAUUUAAAACCAACAGGAAACUUUGUUUGAGUAUUUCCGAUUUUCAUCCGGACACUUGGAAUCCUGCUUGGAGUGUAUCAACAAUUCUUACUGGACUUUUGAGCUUUAUGUUGGAAAAAAGUCCAACUUUGGGAAGUAUUGAAACUGCCGACUAUGAUAAACGUAAAUUUGCUUAUCGUUCGCUCGAAUACAAUUUGAAAGACUCACAAUUUUGUGAGCUUUUUCCAGAAACGGUUGAAAAAAUUACUGUUGAACUUGAAAAACGCAAUAACAUCGAUAAAACAACGACCGAAAAUAAUCAGUACAAUUUGGCAACACCAGUUUCAAAUUUACAGUCUUGUCUAACAAAUUUAUGCGUGAUAAUUGGUUUUGCUGCAUUUACCUUGGUGGCCAAGUACGUAUGGAAAAGUUCCAUAGCUGAAAUGGAAGAUUAAAGUUUAAUUUGUUUAAAUUUCUUGUUUUUAAAAGUAUUAUUUUGUUAUUUGCUUAAUAAAUUUUUCUAAUUGGUUAAAG